AUGUCGACCCGUGCCGAACGAGUUGCAGAUUAUAAUUAUGAAAGACAGAACGAUUCUUCUCCCGUGACUGCAAACUUCACAGACAACUCAUAUGCCCAUGAGACCGAUCCAAGCUUGAGAAAUCAAGUCCCUGUCCAAGGAGAAAGCGAGCCACUUGAAGACCCAAUUCAACCUCCCUAUUCUAACUCCAACCAACAGCUUGAGGAGGACGAAAGCGAAGUGAUCGAUGAAUCAAGGAUUCUAAAGGGAGACCGUCUGCGUCAUGCAAAGCCUGGAACCUCUAACAAGUACAAUGAGGGACCGGAUGAAAGCGAUCUGCCCGAAGCUUAA